AAACAUCUGUAAAACGCAAACUUGUUUGUCAAAAUUGUCAAUUCUCUUAAGAGCUAUAAAUUUACUGUUUUCUCUAAUAUUUUAUUCACUCUUCACAAUAUAAAUUAUAUUUUCAUCACAAUUUUAAUUUUAUUUUGUGUUAAACAAAGUAUCUAUCAUGACUGAACAGCAAAUGGAUUGUGCUCUUGACUUGAUGCGAAGACUACCGCCACAGCAGAUUGAGAAGAACUUGACAGAUCUAAUAGAUUUAGUACCAAGUCUGUGUGAAGACCUUCUGUCGUCAGUGGACCAGCCUUUAAAAAUAGCGCAGGACCGUAAUACGGGAAAAGAUUACCUUUUAUGUGACUACAAUCGUGAUGGUGACUCGUAUAGGUCACCAUGGUCAAAUACUUACGACCCACCUCUUGAGGAUGGGUCAAUGCCUUCAGAGAAGCUGAGGAAAUUAGAGGUAGAAGCAAAUUACGCGUUUGAUCAAUAUAGAGAAAUGUACUUUGAAGGUGGAGUAAGCUCUGUAUAUUUGUGGGACAUGGAUCAUGGAUUUGCAGGUGUAAUAUUGAUAAAAAAAGCUGGUGAUGGCUCCCAGAAGAUCAAAGGUUGCUGGGAUUCUAUUCAUGUAGUAGAAGUUGUUGAAAAAAGCUCAGGACGCAAUGCUCAUUACAAAUUGACAUCGACAGCAAUGCUGUGGUUACAGACUAAUAAAGAAGGCAGUGGAACUAUGAACUUGGGGGGCAGUCUCACUAGACAGGCUGAGCAAGACUCCUCUGUGAGUGAUGUCACACCACACAUCAUCAACAUUGGACGCAUGGUUGAGGAUAUGGAAAACAAGAUCAGGAAUACUCUCAAUGACAUUUAUUUUGGAAAAACGAAAGACAUUGUUAACGGUUUACGUUCCGUGGUGCCGGCGGAUGUCGCCCGGCGUACUGCAGCGCUGCAGCACGAUCUGGCUGUAGCGCUGCAGCGCCGCCAUGUCGCGCGCGCAGACUGAGCACCCACUCGCAACCUAUUAGUAUUCAUGAGGUGGAGAUGUUGGGUUUAUUAGAAAAACGUCAAAAAGGAGUUUAAUAACAACGAUGCCUGCAGAAAAUUUAUUAACAAAUAGUAGCAUGAGCUGUGUGACUAACUACGCCACCAAUUAAUGAUUUUUUUAAUGAUCACGGUCGAUAGUCUAAUAAAAAAAAAUAUCAAAAGUUUUCUUAGAGGAGUGUGUAGAUGGAGAGAAUUUUUCUAGCUGAUUUCCAACAGAAUGAGUUUUCCAAUACGUCUCAUGUUUUGUGGAUAUAUUACACAGUUGGGUCGCCAUUUUCGAACCGACUUUUUGAAUUAUUGCAAUCGGUAGGGCUUAAUUUCUCGUAAUUUUGCGUUCUAAAUUCAAAUAUACUAUUUUUAAUGUGUCUACUGAACAUCUAGUCGAACAUUAAUAAUUAAUGUAUGUGUGUGUGUAUUUAUCUUUUUAGAGAAUAAAAUGUUAAUUAUUAUCUGUAAACAACAAUGUAUAAAGUAUAUAAUUGUACAUAAAAGUCCAUGUCUUAUCUUUGGUUCACGCGAAUAGUGUUUUUUCUUCAAUUCUAGCUAAUAACUAUCGACUGUGCAGAUCUCCUAAUGUUUGAAACAUGAAAACUUUUGUAUGUUUUUUAUACAGACAUUAGACAAGUGAAGAUGUAUUUGAGAUUGUAUUGAAAAUUCUAUUCCUUAGAUUUAGUGAUCAAUGCAACCUCUGUGGUGCUUUGAAGAAUAACAGUAUAUUUCUAUAUUUUAGUCUUGUAAUGAAAACGAUUCCCGAAUUCUGUGAACGUGUGUAGAGUUAUUAAAAUAUUGUAAAAUAAUCACGUUGUAAAAACAAUUCACCCAAGUCAUCCAUCUUAUUAUUUACGAAUUGCAUUUUUAUUGCUUAUUUUUUAUAUUGUAAAUUAAAGAUGCGUAUUUUUUAAAUUAAGGAAUUAUGUAAGAUUAAUUAUUAUUGAAGCAACAGCCCAAUAUAAGUCGUUGCUUGUAUUUCACAAUCGACAGUUUUUAUUAACUGGCCUCUCUAAAUAAAUAUUUAUCUGAGUAA